AUGUUGAGCCUGCAUGCAUUUCAGCCUUCCCUCAUCACUCCAUUCAUGAGGAUUGACUGGCCAGUGUGCAGUCUGUGGCCGGAGAUCGAACCUCUUUACAGACACACUGACCUACUGCAGGAGAUGAGGAGCAGCCUGGAGAAACUUCAGCACAAAAUCUCUGAGGAGAUCCAGCAAAUGUCAAACUCUGAGGAGAUCCAGCCGCUCACCUGUACAGUGCAGGAGAAAGAGGGAAGUGGCUUUGCGUUGACACUGGACACUAAAGACUUUUCCCCAGAAGAACUGUCAGUCAAACAGGUGGGCAGGAAGCUGCAGGUGAGCGGAAAGACAGAGAAGAAGCAGGAGGAUGGGAAAGACUCGUACUCGUACAGAAUCCAAGAGUUCAGACGUGUGUUUGAUCUGCCUGAAGGAGUGAAUCCUGAGACAGUGACCUGCUCCAUGACUGAUGGAAAGCUCUACAUACAGGCAUCAGUCAAUCAGAUAUCUGAAACACCUGAGAGGAUGCUGCACAUUCACUGCCCUCAAACUGUGAAGACAACACAGACAGAGACUGAAAAGAUUCAAAACAACACCAAUGAAACACACAAGACUGAUCAGCAAUCAACAGAAGAUCAACUCAACAGAUUUGGACUUUGUAAGGCAAUAUAUGAGAUGAACUUUAUCUUUAUAUAAUUUCUUGUAUUGAAAUAAUUAUUUGUACUCUUUAAUGUGUAAUAUUAUUUAGUAUUUUUUAAAUAGUAUUUUUUCACAAUAUUAGAAUUAUUAUUAAAAUUAUUAUUAUAUUUUAUUAUUAUUAUUAUUAUUAUUAUUAUUACUAUUAUUAUUAUUA